GAAACAACUCCUCUUCUGCAGAUGAUUAUGGAGACAGUUUGUACUAAAGAUGGAAUCUUUCAACUCUCUUCCGACCCGCGGCGGUUUUACUUCAACAAGCUAGACGGAGUUUCUCCAAAAAGUUUGAAUCUUGAUACGUUCUUGGAAUCUCCGGCGACUUAUAAUAAAUUCGAGGGUUCAAAUGUUCGGAAGUUCUUGCCUUACAACAAUCUUGAUGACGAUGAGGAUGACCCUUUUUCCGCCGAUCUUUUCCGGAUGUACGACUUUAAGGUUCGCCGCUGCACUCGCACCCGCAGUCAUGAUUGGACGGAUUGCCCCUUCGCCCACCCCGGUGAGAAGGCCCGCCGGAGAGAUCCCCGGAAAUUUCACUACUCCGGCGCCGUCUGCUCGGAGUUCCGAAAGGGAAACUGUAGCCGUGGAGAUAACUGUGAGUUCGCUCACGGGGUUUUCGAGUGCUGGCUCCAUCCGGCCCGGUACCGGACGGAGCCCUGCAAAGACGGCCGGAACUGCAAGAGGAAGGUGUGUUUCUUCGCUCACACUCCCCGCCAGCUUCGGGUUCUUCCGGUGAACGGCCCUGAGAGUAGUGGCAGCUCCGCCGCUGCGGCGGCGGCCAAGAAGAAGUACUACCGGAAUCUGAGCAACAGCGGUAUGUACUGCCACUCGCCGAGUUCGACUUUAAUGGGUAUUUCACAGGUUUCCCCGCCAUCGUCUCCUUCCCUCUCUCCGCCCAUGUCACCGGCCGCGGCAACCCCGUUUUGUCGGUGCUACGGCGCGGAGCCGCCUUAUGGAGUGGCUUCCGGCGGUCAUCUUGAUGCCAUUGCGAUGCUGAAUUACAAAAAUGCUUUGACCGAACUGGUCAAACAAGUGACGGUGAGCAAGGCUAUAAACAGAAUGGCCAACCUCAAUGCGAAUAUUCCGUCGGUCAACGUCGGAAUCAACUCCACCAUUGACCGCGAGGACUCUCCUGGUGGGAGAAUGAACUACGACGGUGGUGAAGGGAAGUACAACAAUGACGGAGGGUUGACUGGAAUUGACCUCGAUUGGGUCAACGAUCUAUUGACCUAAUUGACAGGAUCCAACAAGCAGGCUAAGUACAUGGAAAAUUAUGUAAAUAAACUACGUACCGAUAAUGAAGCAGGGGGUUCACCAUUUAUCUGGUUCGACUAUUUAUUAGGUAUAUGGUUGUGAAAUUAUGUGAUGAUUAUAUUUACUUUUUCAGAUUUUUUGAGCUUAAAGCAUAUCAGGGAGUGUUUAAACUAGCUAAUUGCUCCUGGUAUCAGCUUUUAAUUUAAAAAGUGGUGUUUAAUUACGUGUUUGAUUUCCGGUAUUCAUGUAAAAUCGAAUGUGAUGUCCUUUUUAAUAAAGUGUUACUGUUUGUAUUCUUUA